AUGGAUUCUAUACGGGUGGUAUCCGAGUCAACCAUAGAGCCAAAGGGAUAUCCAGGGAUGUGGCAGUUUCCUAAAGAUCCCGACAAGUGUUGCAUCUACAGAGUCCCUGAAAGACUUCGUAGCGUAAACGCAAAAGCAUACACUCCCCAACUAGUCAUCAUUGGUCCUCUUCACCAUUCUUUGAAAUCCCAAGCUCUCAACUCUCUUGGAGAUAUCACAAACACAAAAAGAGCAAUAGAAGAAGAGGAAGAGAGAAUCAGAGAAAGCUACUCGGAAUCAACGACAUGGAUUGAAUCGUCAGAGUUCGUGGAGAUGAUCCUGCUCGACUCUGUUUUCAUACUAGAGUUCUUUUUAAGGAGGGUAUUUGGACGUCGUGGAAUGAAAACAGGGGAUCCUCUCAAUGACGAGCCUUGUCUUACAGAGACAAUCAAUAGUGAUCUCAUGUUGCUAGAGAAUCAGCUUCCUUACUUUAUCCUCCAUAAUCUCUUCCAUCCAAUCUUCAGUAGACUCGUCUCGAACAUGACAUUCCGCGAAUUAAUCACCGCCAGCUUUGGAUAUAGAAAUAAGAUCGGAGACGACUCAAAUUUCAGUCAUUUCACUGAUUUGGCCAGGUGUGUCCGCAUUGAAAAACUUCAAGGGCCUGCUCAACAUGAAUUCAAGAGAUUACGCCAUUUGUUUAACGCGGAGAAGCUAUAUAGUGGGGGAGUGAAACUCGACGUCUUGCAAGAAGAGUUAUCAUUGGAGGUGAGAUUUGAGAAUGGUUGUUUAAAGAUGCCUCGUCUUUUGAUCGAAGAUAAUUCGGAGAUGAAAUUGAGAAACAUAAUGGCGCUUGAACAAUGCCACUACCCUUUCACCGCACAUGUCUCUAGUUACGUCCUCUUCCUGGAACGCCUCAUCGACACCGAUAAAGAUGUCGACUUGCUUGUCGACAAAGGGAUAAUACAAAUCUGGAUUGGGCAGCCCAGUUCGGUGGCAGAGAUGGUGAACAAGCUCGGUUUGGGCAUCACCGAUAUUGGCUCUUACUAUUCUGAUAUAGCGGUUAAAGUCAACGCUCACUAUUCAAACCCACUCACUAAAUCACAGAUUUAUCUCGAGAACAAGUGGCUUGGAACGGCAGCUAUCGUCGCCACGGUACUAUUGCUGUUGACUUUCAUCCAGACGGUUGCUUCACUCAUUCAGGUUGUGCAGAACGCCUAG